AUGUUCCCGUCCAUGGGCAGCAUGAACCCAUCCUACCCGUCGCAGGGUCCUCCUCCCGGAGGCAUGGCGCCCCCAGGACCCGGUGGCGCCCCAGGCGCGCAGCGUCCGGCGGGCGGCAGCAACCCCAGCUACUUCACGGACAAGAAGAAGGGCGAGGUCAACGAGCUCAAGAACCUGCUGCGCGAGGUGACCGUGGAGAAGGACGUGAAGCGCAAGCGCGAGAUCAUCAAGAAGGUGAUCGCGUACAUGACGCUGGGCAUCGACGUGUCGCGGCUCUUCAGCGAGAUGGUGCUGUGCGUGGACACCAAGGACCUCAUCUCGAAGAAGAUGGUGUACCUGUACCUGACCAACUACGCGCAGAAGAACUCGGAGCUGGCCAUCAUGUGCAUCAACACGCUGCUCAACGACUGCCGCAACGAGGACCCGAUGGUGCGCGGCCUGGCGCUGCGCUCGCUCUGCUCGCUGCGGCUCGACUCGAUCCUCGAGUACAUCCACGACCCGCUGCAGGCCUCGCUCACGGACACGAGCGCGUACGUGCGCAAGACGGGCGUCAUCGGCAUCCUCAAGGUCUACUCGCUCAACCCGGAGAUCAUCAAGGAGAGCGACAUGAUCGACACGCUGUACAACAUGAUCCGCGACCGCGACCCGCAGGUGGUCUCCAACUGCCUCGUGGCGCUGAACGAGAUCAUGGCCGACGAGGGAGGCAUCGCCAUCAACCAGCCCAUUGUGAUGCACCUGCUGAGCCGCAUCACGGACUUCAACGAGUGGGGCCAGUGCAACAUCCUCGAGAUCGUGGCCAAGUACAAGCCCACGGGCCCCGACGAGGUCUUCACGAUCAUGAACACGCUCGAGCAGUGCCUGCGCGUGUCCAACAGCGCCGUGGUGCUGGGCACAGCCAAGUGCUUCUUCAACCUCACGCAGACGCGCGGCAUGGAGCAGAUCCAGGACCAAGUGUUCGAGCGCAUGCGUCAGCCGCUGCUCACGCUGAUGGCCGGAGGCAGCCAUGAAAUCAACUACUGCGUGCUGCACCACAUCUUGCUGCUCGUGGGCAAGAAGCCGCACGUCUUCAGCCGCGACUACCGCCAGUUCUACAACCGCUACAAUGAGCCCACGCACGUCAAGUACGUCAAGAUCGAUGUGAUGGCUUUGGUCGCCGAUGGCGCCAACGUCGCCGACAUUGUGACGGAGCUGAGCGAGUACGUCACGGACGUGGACCAGGAGCUGGCUCGUCGCGCGAUCCGCGCCAUUGCCGACAUCGCCGUGAGCCCCAACCUUUCGGAGAACACGGUUCCGCAGCAGUACCCGGGCGGCGGCAACGUCCCUGAGGCGUACGGCCAGCAGGCCGCGGAGCAGCUUGUGGAGCAGAUGCAGGACCACAUCAUGGACACGAUGGUGGACUUCCUGGAGCUGGACCUGGACUACGUGCGUGACGAGAGUCUCGUUGUGAUGAAGGACCUGCUGCGCAAGUACCCCGAGAAGCGUCACGACGUUCUUCCCGUGCUGGCCCGCAUUAUUGCUGCCGUGGAGCAGCCCGCUGCCAAGGCUGCGGUUGUGUGGAUGCUGGGAGAGUUCGGCCAGGAUCUGCGUCGCGCGCCGUACGUGCUGGAGAAGCUCAUCGACGAUUUCAGCGACGAGGCGGCUCCGUCAGUGCUGCUUGAGCUGCUGGCCGCGACGAUGAAGCUGUUCUUCAAGCGCCCGCCCGAGGUGCAGAGCAUGCUGGGCCGCCUGCUUGGAUCGGCUAUCAACGAGUCCAACCACCAGGAUGUGCGUGACCGUGCACUGCUGUAUUACCGCCUGCUCGAGCAGCAGCCAACGGACCAGGCGGCCGCUAUCGUGGCGCAGUUCCGCACGGAGGAGACGGUCAGCGUGUUCGCCGAGUCCAUCGAGACGGAUCUGCAGGAGAAGCUGUUCCAGGAGUUCAACUCGCUCGCGGUGGUGUACAACAAGCCCAGCGAGCUGUUCGUGUCUCCUUCGCAUCUGGCUGGACCUGCUGCGCCUCUCGAUGAUGAGGAGGACGAAGAGGAGGACGACGAGGGCGACAAAUACAACAACGGAGCUCCUCAGCAGCCACCGCAGCAACAGCAACAGCAGCGCCAAUCUGCGCCGCCCCCGCAGCCGGCAGCUCCCAGUAUGGACCUGCUGGACAUGGACUUCGGCUCGGCACCUAGCAACCCUCCGCCUCAGGCGGCCGGCCCCGCCUUCGCCCUGGUCCCGAACCCCGUCAUGGAUGCUCCGACGUUCCAGGGCCAGUGGGGCAGCCGACCUGUGGUGGCUGAGGUAGUGGUUCAGCUGCCGACGCUGCCCCCGCUGAGCGAGCUAGAGCAGGCGUUCGCGUCGCGCGGCAUCGUGACCAUGGCCUCGGGCGACGUGGGCCCGCAGUACAAGUUCUUCUUCUACGCGCAGGACACGCAGGGCCGCUAUUUCAUGUCCGAGACGCUCGUCGAGAAGGCCAACAGCACGCUGCGGGCCACGAUCAAGGGCGAGGACGAGGCGUCAGGGUCGCAGUUUGCCGACCUCAUGCGCCGCGUCCUGUUCGGUUGAUUGAGUUGAUAUAGGGCAGACCAGCACGGUACGGCUGUGGAUCUUGUAAUGUGUGAUACACUUCUGAAGC